AUUUCCUUAGUCGGUUAUGAUCUCAUCUCUAGUAAUAGGUAGAACAAACAUAUAACGAGUAAUAGUUUAUCACCAACUAAUCAAAUGAAACACAAUUUCGUUUUAUUACCAUUAUUUUGACUUGUAAAGCAAAUGUGAUUCGAUCAUUUUCUUAAAUCUGUCAACUUGUAUGGCUUUUAACCACACAAUGUUGGCUUCUUCUAGAUAAUUAAUGUUAAAUCAUGGUAAUAGAAAGCAAUGUUUAUUGAUAUCAGUAUUAGAGUGACUUAUUUCUCAGUUUUUGAUGGAUAAUGUUCAUAUUUUUGCUGGAGGCGGUACAGCAGGUUCAAUUAUUGUUCGAAAAUUAUGGGAUGGAUUUCAAAAAAUGCAGUGUAAAUCUUCAGAGCAAGCUAAAUCAUGUUCAUCAGAAGGAGUGACUGUGAAUCAUAAAUUAUUCAGUAUUAGUGGUGAUGCGAAUAUAUGUAAAAUGACUUGCUCCAAAUAUCGACCAAAAAUAUUGUUACUUGAAUCUGGAUCCAAAAUUAGUUGGUUAACAAAGAAGAUUAGUGAUAUACCCCUUCUUGCUCCAUUAUUGUAUGGACAGGGAAUUGAUGUUAUUGAGCGAACUACGUCCCAAAUAUCAUCAGCCCUAAAGUUAAAGGAAAACGCGAUUCUUUUACCUCGCGGACAUGUUUUGGGCGGUACUGCACUACUUAAUGCAAUGAUAUUCUCUUAUGGUCAUCCAGAUGAUAAAUUAUUGAAAGAAUUUCUACAUACCAAUGAAGAAUUUCUCUCUGAAUUAUUUGAUAAAAUGAAAGGAUGCGGUCUAAAACCUGAAGCGAUUCGUCAUUUACCGUAUAACCAAUUAAUUCAUGCAUAUUUUGCAAAAGCCUUUGAGUUACAAGGAUUAAAAGUGAAUUCCAGUUCACCAGGGUGGUCUUUCGAAGGUUUGACUAUUCCAAUGGUUUUUGUUCGUAAUGCUCAACGUAUUAGUUCAUAUAGUGAAUGCCUUUUACCGUUGAUUAAACAAAAGUUCACCGAUUUGACAAUUGUCACUGAAAUACAAGUUGAAAAGAUACUCUUCAAGAAAGGAUUUCAAGAAGAUUUAUCUGCUUAUGGAGUUUUAGUCAACUAUAAAAAUCAUUCUUUUACAAUAAAACUGAAAACUAAUUCAAUUAUAGACCAACAAAUAUGGCCAAAGCCUGAAAUCUUGCUUAGCGCUGGUACAGUGAAAACCCCAGAGAUUUUAUUACGCUCCGGUGUGGGGCCAAGUCGUGAAUAUCCUGUUUUUAAUCAAGAACGUAAAUAUACCACUUUGCCGGUAGGUGAAAAUCUUCACGACCAUCCAAUGAUUGGUUUAAUAUGCUCAGUUAUAAAUGGAACAACACUGACUACAAAAAGUUUAACUUUAUUAGAAAUAUUCAAAUAUUAUUGGCAAGGCAAAGGUUUACUUUCACAAGCAUCAGCAUUAACUUCAAUUGGUUAUUAUCGAACAAGUUAUCAAAAAUUAGAAGGUGAUUCGCGACCAGAUAUACAAUACACGGUUAUUUCAGCUUCACCAUUCGAAAAGAAUACUUUUGAAAAUUUAGGUAACUUUAAUCCAUCCACUUGGUAUCAAUACAUGAAGGAUGAAAAUUCUAAGGAUUUUGAAAAUCCCAUAGUUUUAUUGAUUAGUUUACUUAAUCCGCGUUCCAGAGGAAAUAUUACUAUGGAAUACGAUGACAGCGAUCAGCCAACUGGAAAUGUGAAAAUUAAUCCAUCAUACCUUUGUGAAUUAAGUGAUGUUAAUCGAUUAGUAGAAGGCAUUAUUUGGAUUUACAAAACUAUGCACUAUAUCAAUGAGAAGAUAGAUAAACUCAAUCUAAGAGAAAUAAAUAAAGAACGGCAAAUUGUCAUAAAACCUCAUCUUCCUCAUUUAUCUGAAUGUCCUGAAGUUCCUAAAGCUACAAGUUUACACUGUUUUGAACAGGAUGGAUUUGUUGAGAAAUUGAAAAUAGCCAUUGAAUGUUUGGUCAAGUCAAUAACUCUGUCUAACUACCAUCUAGUUGGAACAUGUUCAAUGCAAUUACCUAGUAAAAAUAAUUCAGCUGUUGUAGACAAAAACCUAAAAAUAAUUGGUGUGAGCAAUGUUCGGGUUGGGGAUGCAUCGGUUAUUUCAAAAAUUCCAACUGGCAAUCCAGCUUCACUUAUAAUGGCUAUUGGAAAUCAAUUAGCUAAAUAUAUAAUUCAUGAAAAUUGGCAACACUUGUCUUUGAUGAUGGGUUAA